AUGAUUCUGGAGUGGGAAGGCAGCGAGAACUCGACAGAAUGUUUGUGCUCCGAUAUUCAGAGAGACGAUUAUUCACCGUUUUUUGAAUGGGCCAACUACUUGACGAUAAUUCUCGCCCUUCCCAUCCUUUCCGUCUUCGGCGUCUUAACCAACAUCAUCAAUGUAUUCCUCUACACUCGAAAAAGGCUGCAGAACUCAGCCAACACUUAUCUCCUAUUCCUUGCCUGUAGUGAUUUCAUGGUUAUCGUCACUGGUCUCUUCAUUUUCUGGAUCGACUCUGCCAGAUCUUACAUUCCUGAGUUAACACAAGCCCCAUAUACAACAGUUUACACUCUCCCAUUCGGAUAUAUGGCACAAACUUGUAGUAUAUACUUCACUGUGGCAGCUGCAGUCGAUUGUUUUGUGAAUGUGUGUUGGCCAUCCCACGCAAAACAUUAUUGUACCGUCCGUCGAGCAAAACAAAUCUGCAUUUCGAUAGUCGUUGUUUCAAUCAUGUACAACUCUCUUCGGUUCCCACAAUUCAAUCUUCGGAAGUGUUUCAAUGACAUCACAAAGGAACAAGUCAUUGAAAUCUGUCCAACUUCUCUUUUCGUCACUAUCAACUCCGUUUACAACAUAUAUAUGUACAUGGUCCUCAUGACUCUUCUCCCAUUUUUCUUCCUUCUCUGCAUUAAUGCAUUCAUUGUGAAAAGACAAUCGAAAGCAAAAACAGAUGAAACGGCUCCUAAGAACGAGGGAACUUCCGAUGACACUAUCACAAUGAUCAUGGUUGUCAUCUUGUUUCUGGCCUGUAACACAUUGGCUUUGGUUGUAAACUUCAUCGAAAACUUCACAGAACCAUCACCAGUUCUUCUUAAUUUUCUAUCGGACACUAGCAACUUUUUAGUAGUUUUCAACUCAUCAGUCAAUUGCAUCAUCUACUUCAUCUUCAAUCAAGACUACAGAGAUGUUUUCAAAAUGUAUUGGAAGAAGCUGAAACGUGUAUUGUAUGAAGAAUACUGUUGUUGUGUACCAGCCGGCUCACGUAAUUACUCCGCUUAUCAGCCAGUUUCAACGAGACUUGUUAUUGAUAAGACUCAAAAUGGAAGUAGCAGUACGAAAUUGAUUCUUCCAUCAUUGGAUUUGAAUAGAAGUGAUCAAGCUAGUUUUGCAGAGUCGGAAAGUGCGGCGUCUCCAAUCUGGCAACCACUAACCACUCGAAACCUUCCAAACGUCGAUUGGCCAAAUAUUGACGAUGACAUUGAUUCUGGGUGGGAUGAUGGAAGUCAAAUGAAAAUGCAGAUCUCCUCCCGAACACCAAAACGAUGGCUAGCUGAAGUGAAUAUCGUCGACAUGGAAUCUUCAGAAGGCCGUCAUCCCAGAAUUUACGUCCGUCCUCUGAAUCAUCUACCAAAUAAUGAAACAAUCUCAAUCACUGCUCUCUAG